AGAUAAAGAAGAAGUUGUUCUAUGGAUGAAUACAGUAGGACCGUACCACAAUCGCCAAGAGACCUACAAAUACUUCUCGCUUCCUUUUUGUGUGGGAUCAAAAAAGAGUAUCAGCCAUUACCACGAAACCCUGGGAGAAGCGCUCCAAGGAGUUGAGUUGGAAUUUAGUGGUCUUGACAUUAAAUUUAAAGAGGACGUGAUGCAGACCACCUACUGUGAAAUAGACUUGGACAAAGGAAGAAGGGACGCGUUCGUGUACGCUAUCAAAAAUCACUACUGGUACCAGAUGUAUAUCGAUGACUUGCCGAUAUGGGGUAUUGUUGGAGAAGCAGAUGAAAAUGGGGAAGAUUAUUAUCUUUGGACUUACAAAAAACUUGAAAUUGGUUACAAUGGAAAUAGAAUUGUGGAUGUGAAUCUGACCAGUGAAGGAAAGGUGAAAUUGGUACCAAAUACAAAAAUCCAGAUGUCAUAUUCGGUGAAAUGGAAAAAGUCAGAUGUGAAGUUUGAAGACCGCUUUGACAAGUACCUUGACCCAUCAUUCUUUCAGCACAGAAUUCACUGGUUUUCAAUUUUCAAUUCUUUCAUGAUGGUGAUCUUUCUGGUUGGCCUAGUGUCUAUGAUAUUAAUGAGAACUUUGCGAAAAGAUUAUGCAAGAUACAGUAAAGAGGAAGAAAUGGAUGAUAUGGACAGAGAUCUAGGUGAUGAGUACGGGUGGAAGCAGGUCCAUGGAGAUGUUUUUAGACCAUCCAGUCAUCCUUUAAUAUUUUCAUCGCUUAUUGGUUCUGGUUGUCAGAUUUUUGCUGUGUCUCUCAUAGUCAUUGUUGUUGCAAUGAUAGAGGAUUUAUACACAGAGAGAGGAUCAAUGCUCAGUACAGCUAUAUUUGUUUAUGCUGCAACAUCCCCAGUGAAUGGAUAUUUUGGAGGAAGCCUUUAUGCUAGACAAGGAGGGAGGCGAUGGAUAAAGCAGAUGUUCAUUGGGGCUUUCCUUAUCCCCGCAAUGGUGUGUGGCACUGCCUUCUUCAUUAACUUCAUUGCCAUCUAUUACCAUGCUUCAAGAGCUAUACCCUUUGGAACAAUGGUGGCAGUGUGUUGUAUUUGCUUCUUUGUUAUUCUUCCAUUGAACCUGGUUGGCACGAUUCUGGGCCGGAAUCUGUCGGGACAGCCUAAUUUCCCCUGUCGUGUUAAUGCAGUUCCUCGUCCCAUACCAGAGAAAAAAUGGUUCAUGGAACCAGCUGUUAUUGUUUGCCUAGGUGGAAUCCUCCCUUUUGGAUCAAUUUUUAUUGAAAUGUAUUUCAUUUUUACGUCAUUCUGGGCUUACAAGAUCUACUACGUUUAUGGCUUUAUGAUGUUGGUUCUAGUUAUCCUCUGCAUCGUGACAGUUUGUGUGACUAUCGUUUGUACAUAUUUCCUGCUAAAUGCAGAGGAUUACAGGUGGCAAUGGACAAGCUUUCUUUCUGCUGCGUCAACGGCGAUAUAUGUUUACAUGUACUCCUUUUACUACUACUUUUUCAAGACAAAGAUGUAUGGCUUGUUUCAAACAUCAUUUUACUUUGGUUAUAUGGCAGUAUUUAGCACAGCUUUGGGAAUUAUGUGUGGAGCUAUUGGUUACAUGGGAACAAGUGCCUUUGUUCGUAAAAUCUACACUAAUGUGAAAAUUGACUAAGGAAAUACGAAAAUUGAACUCUGGAUCAGCUUGUGUUUUCAUGGGGAUGAACUUGCACAGCGAAGAGCGCGAGAAGAGAUUUGGGUUUAACACUGGGCACUCGAUGGGUCUCCGUUUUGUGGAUGGCUUAAAGUAACAUCUAUUUCAUUGAUCCUAGGUUCUUACUGACUGCUUUCUCCAACUGUUCACAGCAAAUGCUUGGAUUAUAUGCAGUAGGCAUUACUACAGUAUGUGGCUAAUCUUCCCCAAAAAAAGAAAAAAAGAAAAAAAAGAAAAAAAAAMCUAGCUCAUUAAAGAUGAAUAGACUAGCUCUCUUCAGUGAAGAGGACAAACGGUUUAUUUAAAGCAUUUGUUCCAUUCAAUAAAAAGAGGGAAACUUGGCUGCUAAAACUACUUGAUUAGUAGUCUUCCUGGUACUUAACAUUUCUAAAUUAUGUAAAAAUGCUGUUCCAGAAAGAUUACUUUUCUGGUUUUUACUGCCAUUGUCAGGAUAAGGAGGUGUGUUUUAUAUUUUGACUCCAGGUGCUUUUUGGUUUAUUUGCAAUAUCAACUAUACCCUACACUCAUUUGUUUAAAAAAAAGUAAUUUAAAAAUAUAUUAAGAAACCCAUAUGCAUGUAAUAUAUCAGCUAUCAUUCUAGUUGGACCAACUUCCCUUUAUUUAUCUUUAAAAUAAUCCAGCUACGUCUUAAAUCCAUCCAAAGAAAAUACAGUCUGAAAAUGGGAUGUGUUCUCUGCAAUGCAAUUUACUGUACAGUUAGAAAGCAAAUAUUAAAUGAAGAGGAUUUUGUUUUUAAUAAACAUUGAGGUCUAGAUUAAAACAAAACCAACAUUUUAACUGAAUGUCUAAAGUGAUUCUCCUUUUUUUUUUUUUCCUCCAAGUUAGUCUUUUUUUUUUGUUGUUGUUUGGGUUUGAAUAUUUUGCUUUAGACAUUAUACAGGGGUAAUAAAUGUAUAUAACAUUAAAUAAUGUAACUUAGGUAUAGAUCCCAAAUGUAUUUGGAUGUACAGAUUUACUACAGAGUACUUUUCUGAUGAUUCGGUGUACAAAUGUGUGAAUUGGGUGGCUUUUUACAUCUUGCCUGCCAUUGCAUGAAAAGUUGGGGUUUCUUCACAAUGUGUGUAUGUCAUGCUUUUCUGUUCUCUUUCUUUUCUGAAGCUCUUACAGGAAUUAAAUUUGUAAUUUAGAACAUUUUAAUUUUGUUAAUCUCAUCUGGACACUUGUAUAACAUCAAAAGCAGUCGCUUCAGAGUGUUCAGAAAACAAAAAUAAACUUUUCAGACAAAAAUGUUCUGAUUGUGAAAAUAGCUGAGUUUGCAGUUGAGAGUGUCUGCUUAAAAAGGCAAUACUACUGAAUGCCAGUUUCUGUAUACAAUAUUAACAUGCUUUCAAAUAUGAAAAUCCCACACAAAUCAGAGUUUGCCUGCAGCUGUAUUGAACAGUACAGCUCCGGAGUGGAUGACUAGUGCAAAAAUGGUUGCUUCUGGAUGAACAUUGUUGGAGAAAUCUUGUGUGCUGAGAAAAAAUGGAAGUAAGCACAGAUUAAAAGAAAUGGCCAAAUAGAAGUUAAGUCUUUCUAGGACAGAUGAGUGUGAAUUAUGCACUGUGCCUAGCUGGAAGGAUUCUAAAUGUGUUUCUGUGACAGAUGUGAGAUCCAGUCAGCUUGAGACUUCUCUGGCAUCUGCCGUGUAGCGAUGCUUUCCUCGGUGAGGCUGUUUGAAAUGGAGCCCUGCCUCGGAAAGUGCAGCUUGCUCAAUCUGAGAAAGAAGGAAAGUCUUUGUACUUGUUAGCACUGUGCUGCCUCUGGACCAAAUCUGCUGGUAAUGCAGUGGCAAAGGUGCAAACCARUCCUGCCUUUAGCUUUCCCCUCCCACAGCCCCCAAAGUUAUAGGUAAUAGUGGGAAACAGUGCAUCCUGUAUAUGACUUUUUGUACAAAAACAUUUGAGCUUUCAGCUGUGAUUCUUGUGGCCAAUUUUAACCAGUCUGGUUAAAAGAAUUAAGUUUUGCUUCAAGUGAGUGGUUGGUGCCUGUUGCUGAAUGCUCUGCCAUUUAAGAGGAGAUGACUCUUUUAACAUUACGGACUGAUUUUUUAAGAUGGGCUCAUAAAUUGGGUCACCAGUUUUCCUUUAUUUCAAAGUAUGGAGACUUGGGGAAUGAGUUUUGUACUUGUUCUUGCCGGGGCACGCAGCUCCUCUCUUCAUCCAUGUUCUUCUAAAUUUGAAGUGAAAAGCCAUUAUCUCCACACAAUAAAUACAUUAAGUACUCCUCUGAGAUACAAGUUUUCUUUAAAGGGAAUAUUUUGAUAAUGAGUCUGUUUCUGUACUUACAGCACUGCUAUAUGAUUAGCGUAUCAGAAAUGUCACUAAACCAUUUGUGAAUUCCAUGUAAUCACUUUUUAAUGCCACGGAAUGGUGGGCUGCCUACUUGCUUUCUCUAUCCUCUGGCAUUAUUAGCUUUUGCAUAUACGGAUAGGAUUGUGUAGCUUUUAAAGUGAYAUAGAAAAGACACGUCACAGCCCUUGCUUUUGUUUCUGAAAGGACGUUACUCUGGAGA